GAAGUUUGAAAUGUAUAAGCCGGCCUAUGAAAUGCUUCCUCUCUCCUGACCUUUCCACAGAGACCAUAGCAAUGAAUCAGAGACGCAACCGCACUAGGUUCACAGAAGAUCAACUGAAAAUCCUCAUUAAGGCAUUUGACCAAAAUCCUUACCCAGGUUAUGCUACCAAACAAAGACUGGCUUUGGAAGUCAACACUGAUGAGUCUAGAGUCCAGAUUUGGUUUCAGAAUCGAAGAGCUAGGCACCAGUCCCAGAAAAAGUCAGAACCCGAUGAGGAUUUAGAAUCAAGCCAAGACCAAGAUCAUGCUGAAGAGGAGAUUCAGAGCAGAGAAGACAGACGGCACCGUUCCAGCUAUACUCCCUCACAACUACACACCCUCAUCCAGGCGUUUACGAACAACCCUUAUCCUGGGAUCAAUACCAGAGAGCAACUUGCUAAAGAAAUUGGCGUUCCAGAGUCGAGAGUCCAGAUUUGGUUUCAAAAUCGGAGAUCCAGAUUCCAUGUCCAGAGAAAAAGAGAACCUCAUGAUCAAGACUGA